UGUCAUUCUUCCAGUAACGUGAAAUGCGUGAUGGUGUAUCGCGCACUUUCGAGCAAAACAUUCAUGCCUUGGUUCGAUGUUACAGAACCCAAACAUUCCUCGGUUCAUCCCCUUGCCUCUCUCAUUUUGUGAUAUGGUAAACAUGAGACAAAUUGAUGGUGGUUUCCCAGGUGAACUGGUACCCAACUGAGAGGUGUAGUGACAUUUAUAAUUGGCGAAAAAGCUCUUCCCAACCUUAGUCUUCAUGAAUGCCAAUCUAAGCCGAAUAUUUGGAACUAUUUGUGCUUGUCUUGUUGCCAUCAGCACAAGUAGCACACUCAAGAGACGGAUUAUUAUCAAUAGUUAAGAUUUAUGAAGGCCCCAAUGAGAGGAAGCAAGAUAAGCAGUUGUGCUUGUAGAACAUGGACAUGACAGGGAACCCUUUAGCAGGACCAAUGUAAUUUAGGGUUAAGGAGGAGUAACUCCCCUUUAGAAGGGCCACAGGUUGGUGUUAAGGCGUGUUUGUGUGUGCACAUGGUAGAGGGAUCACAAGUCAAGGGACUCGACGUUGGAAAGGGGAGAAAUUGUGGCGGGUGGUUUCCUGCCACACACAUGAUGGCUACCAGCAUGGGAAUUACACGGUUGUCUAGGAUCAUGAUGUGGCUAGUACUUGCUUUGUCAACACUUCCCCUUAUUUUAGCUACAGCUACAAGUGAAGCUAAAAGUACAAUGCAUUGUGAGGUGUACAACAGCACUUUAUGCUCAAAGGAAGGCCCCAAGCCCUCAGUGUGUUCUGGAACAGAAACAGAAACUUGCCCAAAGGAGGAAUCCGAGAAAGAGGAAUACUGUUUUGUUGUUUGGACAGAGAAUGAUGGGAAGGUGGAUGUAACAUUUAAGGGCUGUUGGAUCAGUGGCCACAGCUGCACUGAUGAGUGUAUCAGCAGGCAGACAGUGAGUAGCUUGAAAGGGGAUAAAAAUCAUAUAUUUUGUUGCUGUAGUGGCAACUAUUGUAAUCGUAAUUUCUCUUGGAUCCCAGCUGAAGAAGUUCCAGUUGUGUCCACUAUCACUCCAGCAACUACAGAGGAUCCAGACAUAGUGGUAAAGACCGUAUGUUGGACGCUGGGUACCCUCAUUGGUGUGGUCGUCAUAGUCAUUUUUGGUUUUUACUUUUACCGGAAACGGAAAAUGGCAAACUUUAAUGAGCUGCCAACCAUUGAGUCUACUGCUCUGGUACCACCGUCACCUCCAAUGGGCUUAAGACCAAUUCAGCUAAAGGAAGUAAAGGCCCGAGGACGUUUUGGAGCUGUCUGGAAGGCCAAUUUACAUAAUGAGGUUGUUGCUGUAAAAAUAUUCCCUGUCCAGGACAAGAAUUCUUGGGUGGUGGAAAAAGAGGUAUUUUUCUUGCCUCAGAUGUCGCAUGAAAAUGUCUUGCACUUUAUUGGUGCAGAAAAAAGGGGUGACAACCUGCACACAGAGUUCUGGUUGAUCACGGCUUAUCAUGAGCGUGGAUCAUUGUGCGAUUAUCUAAAGGCUAACUUAGUGACCUGGGCUGAGCUCUGUAAAAUUGGUGAAUCCAUGGCCAGGGGAUUGAUGUACCUGCAUGAAGAGCAACCAGCAACCAAAUGUGAAGCACUCAAACCUUCAAUUGCCCACCGCGACUUCAAGAGCAAGAAUGUACUCCUGAAGGCUGAUUUAUCCGCAUGCAUUGCUGACUUUGGUCUGGCACUUGUCUUCCAUCCAGGACAGUCAGCUGGUGAUACUCACGGACAGGUUGGUACUCGUCGUUACAUGGCUCCAGAGGUUUUAGAUGGUGCCAUUAAUUUCCAGCGGGAUGCCUUCCUACGCAUUGACAUGUAUGCCUGUGGCCUGGUUCUCUGGGAGAUACUGUCCAGGUGUUCAAGUCAGGAUGGUCCUGUGCCAGAGUAUCACUUGCCAUUUGAAGAAGAAGUUGGACAGCACCCAGCACUGGAGGAAAUGCAGGAAUGUGUUGUAACAAAGAAGAUUCGACCUGCCAUCCGAGACAGCUGGCGAAAGCAUGCUGGGAUGAUGGCCUUAAUUGACACGAUGGAAGAGUGCUGGGAUCAUGACGCUGAAGCACGUCUAUCUGCCUCCUGCGUUGUAGAAAGACUAGCCAUGUCUUCUCGAAACCAGCCCUUUUCCCCUACCUCAAAUCCACACAAGGAGUCAAGCAUAUAAGGCCAUGAUGUGGUGGCCAUGUACCUGGACAAGUACCUGUGCUGUAACCACCAGUUCUGGGUGCUGGUGCGGGACAGAACCCAGUCAGCGCGUCCCUGUGUUGGGGGCCUAGUGUAUCAAGUGUCUGCCUCAGUACCCCUCUCCUUUCACCAACAGUUCCACCCCAUAGCCAGUAGUCCUAGUAUGGCUGACUUACUUUUAUUUCAGUGUUUGUGUUGAAAGUUUUAUGUCAUCAUCUGUAAAAAGCAGAAGGUGUUAGAAAAUUAUCCAAAAGUGAAUUCUGUUUCAUAUUUCAUUUAUUAUUUGAUACACAUCAGUACUUAAAACUCAGUACUGAUUUGUGAGAGGCUGCAUUAGUGACUGAGACAUGUCUUCCUUCCUCUUAUUGGUUAGUGCAAUAGUUUUAAAAUUUUCCACGGUGCUGUGAUGCAUUUUGAUUUGUGAAAUUUUCAUUUUCACCAUUUCAAGUAAAGCAGGAAAAACAUGGGAGCUAUAAAAUUCAGCUAAGCUAGUAGAGCCCUUAAAAGAGACAAUGUGGCCCAUAGAAGUUGGGAAAGACAGGCUGUUUGGAAGGGGGGGAGGGGGGAGACUGAGUGUAGUGCCAAAGGGGCCAACAGGGAAGUGCUUGGGCCAAGAAGGAAAUGCUCAGGUCAAUGAGAGAAUGAGAGAGUGGAAAAUUUGUGCUCUGAACUGUUCAUGAUGAGCCCCACUGGCUUGCUGUUGAAAAUGUCAUACAAAGCUGCCAAACAUAUGUCUGGGUCAAAAUACUCAUGGAUAGUAUUUCAAUGACUGCUGGCAUUUUCCCCUUUUCACAAUAUCUGAUAAUAUAUACUCAAAAAAGAAUGAAUAAAAGAAUAGACAACCAGCAAAGGAAAGCAGGGUAUGAAGCAAAAGUAUUAUUUAUAUGUUAGUGAAUUAUAUACAGUGGAUGUGUGUUCAAAUGUGAGGUUACAUACUAUGUAAAAGAAAGUGUAAACAUUUACAUAGACUGACGAGAAGUUUGCAGCUAAUAUCUCAGGACAAAAAUGAUGUAGGAGGAAGCUUAAUUGAGAUGAUGCUAAAGAAGCUCUUUAGGGAAAGAAAAGUAUUCAUGUGACGAGAUGGGAUAUGGGUUUAACCUGGCAUUUCCCAGAAGCCCCCAAAAAAUCACUUUGGGAAUUGAUUCUUCACCUCAGGAAUUGCCUUCCAUGUGUCCCCACUGCCAGAGUUACGGUCAUAUUUUUAUCAAACAUUAGAGACUCUUAACCCUUGUUGUUUCCCUUAGUCCAGCAGGAUGGCGAGUCAUUGAAGUGGUCUGUGUUUCUACGGCUGGAACUUGAGCCUCGUAAGAGUAAAAAUAUGGUAUUCCCAUUGUAAAUUUGAAUACAGUGAAGGAGGUAUUUCUUUAUGUUUAGUGAUUAAAUGUCAGUAUUCUUCCUCCUGUUAUAGUUUAUAAAAUUUGAUUUAACUGGGAAAACCUGGCUUUCAUCUUUAGAAAUAAAAAAUAAUUGCUCAAUUGAAAAGGUAGUCAAGAAAUGCUGUUUUUGGCUGGGUUUCAUGACAAAUGUUACGGUUUUGAAAAGACUUGACAGGCAAAAGCAGCCUCCUGCUGGAUCAAGAGAGGAGACAGCUGAUUGGGAGGGUUGGUAAUGCUUUAAGAAUACGACCGUUAGUUCCUCGAGUUGAGUAAUGGCAUGGUGGGGUUCAUUGCACACACUCUUUGCAUUAGUGCUGAAGAAUGGUCUCAUACCAUUAUAGGCCUUUGCAACUUACUCUUCCUCAAUCAUUGUUUUUAGGUUUAUUUUCCCAAAGUCAUAUUUUUAAUCAAUUCUUAAUCCAUUAUUGUUAACCAUUACACUCACAAAUUGGCAUAUGUAUGAAUUUAAUUUGACAUCAGU